GGAGUUAACCCCUCUCUCUCUCUCUUUCUCUCUUUCUCUCUAUCUCUAGAGAUCUCUGCAAGAGCAAGACUUCUCCUCUCCUCCAUCAAACCGAAACCCUAACGUGUGAUUGUUUCAAGGAAAUCGGGGAGCUCUCUGUCACAUUCUUCUUCCACCUCCAUCACCACUUGUCCGGCACCAUCAUCUUCUUCUGCUCGAUUUAAGCCAAGCAGCUCUCGGGGCUCUUGAAGCCUUGUUGACAAGGGUCUUCUUAUCUCAGCUCUUGGUGGUAGCUGGCCGAUCGGUGGCGCGAGAGGGCUUGAGAAGAAGGCUAGGGUUUUAUGAGGAUGAGAACCGCAGAAUGAACGAUGCCGGUGGGGCGUGGCGGCGCGCGAAGGGGCCGAGGAGGAGCAGCCAAGCAGCAGCGGCAGCAGAAGAAUCCGGUUGAGGCAGGCGGCGAGGCGAUCGCUACCCGGACUCGUCGUCGGAGGGCAGCGGCGGCGGCGGCUGUAGCAGAGCCAGCGGACAACCUUGAUAAGGAUAAGGCUUGUGCAGGCGACGAAGGUGAUAAGAAUAAGAACAGGGUUUUGGGCGACGGUUUGAGGCUCGGUCGUGGUGGCGCUGCAAAGGUUGAGGUGGCCGCCGAUAAGGAGAUGGACGAUUACGACAGUGGCGGUAAGGGCAAUGGAGGAGACGAUGAGGGGAACACGACUCCUCUUCCUGAAAAGGUCCAGGUUGGCGGUUCCCCUGUGUAUAGAAUAGAAAGGAAGUUGGGGAAGGGUGGAUUUGGGCAAGUUUAUGUUGGCCGUGUUGUAAAUACAAAUGAUAGAACUUCUGGGCCUCAAGAGGUGGCGUUGAAAUUCGAGCAUAGAAAUAGCAAAGGCUGUAAUUAUGGACCCCCUUACGAAUGGCAAGUGUACAACACUCUAGGCGGCAGUCAUGGUGUGCCUCGUGUACACUACAAAGGCAGGCAGGGUGACUAUUAUGUUAUGGUCAUGGAUAUGCUGGGGCCUAGCUUGUGGGAUGUCUGGAACAACAAUUCACACACAAUGUCUGUGGAAAUGGUUGCUUGCAUCGCCAUUGAAGCAAUAUCCAUACUAGAGAAGAUGCACGCUAGAGGUUAUGUGCAUGGUGACGUGAAGCCUGAGAAUUUCUUACUUGGUCCGCCUGGUACUCCCGAUGAGAAGAGAUUAUUUCUCGUCGACCUUGGAUUAGCUACUAAGUGGCGAGAUAGUUCAACUGGGCUUCAUGUCGAGUAUGAUCAGAGGCCAGAUGUGUUUAGGGGAACUGUGCGUUACGCCAGUGUACAUGCUCAUUUAGGGAGAACUGGGAGCAGAAGAGAUGAUCUUGAGUCACUUGCUUAUACUCUUGUAUUCCUCCUUAAAGGCCGUUUACCUUGGCAAGGAUACCAGGGAGAAAAUAAAGGAUAUCUGGUUUGCAAGAAGAAGAUGGCAACAUCCCCAGAAACCCUUUGUUGCUUCUGUCCGCAACCGUUCCGGACAUUUAUUGAACAUGUUGUCAACUUAAAGUUUGAUGAAGAACCAAAGUAUGCAAAAUACAUCUCGCUUUUUGAUGGAGUAGUUGGUCCAAUAGUAGAUAAUAGACCGAUCAAUACAGAUGGUGCACAGAAGCUUGUCUAUAUGGUCGGUCAGAAGAGAGGACGUUUAACUAUGGAAGAUGAAGAUGAUGAUGGACAGCCCAAGAAGAAAGUUCGUUUGGGUAUGCCUGCUACCCAAUGGAUUAGUGUUUACAAUGCCCGUCGCCCUAUGAAGCAAAGGUAUCACUAUAAUGUGGCAGAUGGGCGACUCAGUCAACACAUUGACAAAGGAAAUGAAGAUGGCUUAUUUAUCAGCAGUGUGGCCUCCUGUCAAAAUCUAUGGGCCCUAAUUAUGGAUGCUGGUACUGGGUUUAGUGCACAAGUUUAUGAGCUGUCACAAUACUUUCUUCACAAGGAAUGGAUAAUGGCGCAAUGGGAAAAGAACUACUACAUAAGCGCCAUAGCAGGAGCAUCUAAUGGAAGCUCGUUGGUUGUAAUGUCAAAAGGCACUCAGUAUGUACAGCAAUCGUAUAAAGUUAGUGAUGCAUUCCCAUUCAAGUGGAUCAACAAGAAGUGGAAGGAGGGCUUUUAUGUGACUGCAAUGGCGACUUCCGGGAACAGAUGGGCAGUUGUCAUGUCUCGAGGCGCAGGAUUUUCCGAUCAGGUGGUCGAGCUAGAUUUCCUGUACCCCAGUGAAGGCAUUCAUCGUAGAUGGGAUUAUGGCUACCGUAUCACAGCUACGGCAGCGACACAGGAUCAAGCGGCCUUUGUUCUGAGCGUCCCCAGAAGAAAGCCUAUUGAUGAGACGCAGGAGACACUUAGAACUUCUGCUUUUCCAAGCACACAUGUUAAGGAAAAAUGGGCCAAGAAUCUGUAUAUAGCUUCUGUAUGCUAUGGAAGGACGGUUUCGUGAACUUGCUUGGAGUGUGUAGCGGAGGAGGUCUGUGUUAGAGCUUCCCAUCAUGCUUUCUGGUUCGGGGAACUAUCUCAACUUAUAAAAAUUCUUCUAGGGCUUUGCUUCUUCUUCCUGGUCAUCAGAGAUUCUCUAGAGCACCAGAGCUUUGCUUUAUUGUAAUGCAGUAUUCCGAAGUUGCGGAAACUUUGAUAAGUUGCAGAAGGAAAUUAGAUUUCUUUCAUUCCGUCUCUCAAAGCGACUCGGUUACUUAUGCUUUACCUUUUUGUAUAGAAUCAACUGAACAGUGUGGACUGCAUCUCCUUAGAUGGUAGACUUGGUACUGUUUUCAGAUAUCGGAGCGAAUGACUUUUCUGAUUAAUUUGCUAGAUUAAUCAGACAGAAAUAUUCUUUUUUUCCCAA